UCCAGGAGGAGAAGCUCGGGUGGGGAUGGAUCGCAGACUCUGGGGAGCUGCCAGGUUUGUUUCGUGGGUGUGAGCCAUCUUCACGGACACCUGCCACUUGGGCAGCGGAAAUCGGGUUGGGAUGUAAAAAAGGAGGUAGGCGUCGGAAGGGGAGACGGGCCUCGGAGGGAGGUAGGCACCGGAGGUGGGGUGAAGCUGGUGGCUGGAAGAGCGCUUGCUGCUGCCUGGAGCUUGAGGCUCUGGUUUUUAGAAGAAGGGGAAAGGGCUGCACCACCCUACGCCCAGGGGGAGUCUUCCCUUUGCUACUUGGAAGCUGUGGACACCGGAGCAGAGCGUGGAAGGUGGCUGAUGGCUGAUUUGACUUCCUUAGGUGUCUGAGCCCUGCAGCUUCAGCCUGCCGGACCAGGGUUGGAGCAACAAAGAAUGGCACUGGCCUGGGUGGAUAUUGUUUACCUGUGGCAGUUGAGCCAGGGACAUAGGACGGAGGGAAAGCUGGACGCCAUGGAGGUGGUGCUGAUCUUUCUGUGCAGCCUGCUGGCCCCCACUGUCCUGGCCAGUGCUGAGCAGGAGAAAGAAAAGGACCCUUUUCAUUAUGAUUAUCAGACACUGAGGAUCGGGGGAUUGGUGUUUGCUGUGGUCCUCUUCUCUGUUGGAAUCCUCCUCAUUCUGAGUCGAAGAUGCAAGUGCAGCUUCAGUCAGAAGCCUCGGGCUCCAGGGGAUGAGGAGGCCCAGGUGGAGAACCUCAUCACCGCCAAUGCAACAGAACCCCAGAAAGCAGAGAACUGAAGUGCAGUCCUCAGGAGGGAAGUCUCUAGAACCCGAAGGCAGCUGCUUGAACCUUUAGAUGCAAAUGUUGAUGCUUAAGAAGACUGGCCACUUCAGCAGCAGAUCUUUCCCCAGGAGAAGUUGGGAACUUGUGUGUCCCCUGCCCUGCUCCAUCCCCCCGAACACCAGUCCUCACUUAGUGCCACAACUAACGCCCACCUUCCCAGCUGCAGCCUGUGGGCUUGCCCACCUCCUGUGAUGUAUUGUGUGUGUGUGUGUGUGUGUGUGUGUGUGUGUGUGUGUGUGUGUGUGAUGACUGUGGUCUUCAUGCCUGCUUGUCUGUGGGUGACAUUGUGUAGUGAACCCGGACUCACUUUCCUGGGCUGGAGCUGAGCCAUGUCACUGUCAGCUCCUCCCUGUCUCCCCGUGGCACCCUCUCCCCUCCCACUCCCGGGAGUCUGCUUUUCCUCUGAGAGACCAGUCCCUCCUCUUGAUUUAGGAGUGGGUACAGGGCUAGGGCCCAGGUGGGAGUUUCCACUCGUCUUGGGACUCGGGAAGGUUUACAUCACCUUCAUGAUCAUUCUUCCUGGCCUCUCUCUACUCCAUUUGCAAGAACCUCGCUUUCAUAUUUCACCUCUGACCUGUCCGUUCUGAGGGUCUCUUAGCAAUUGGAGGUUCACAGCAAGGAGCCCCUGGGGAAUGUGCCCCUUGCAUAUCUUCUCAGCAAUAACCCCCUUGGGCCCUGGAUCCCUAUCCCUUCUCCUACCUUCCCUGCUCCCAAGGCUCUACUCUAUAGCCCAGCUAGUCUGGACUCAGACUCCCAUCCUUGAGUUGGGUCUCUGGCAGGUGAUACAUUCUGGUGGUGCAGCAUCCUGGGGAGGGGCAACUGGGAGAGCAGGGGUCCUUUGCUUCUCUGUCCGUGCCCAUUGGUCAGGCAUCAGCAAUGGCUGCUGCACUCUUUGCUCCUCCUAUCACCAGUCAGAGUGGCUAGUGCAGUGGUUCUGCUGCAGGUUAGAGACCAGGCAGUGCUCCCCACAGCAAGAGGUCAAAAGUCAUAAAGAAAGUGGAAAGUUGAACCAGACCCCCCCCCCCAUCCAUCGUGUUAUCCUGGAAACUAACGUAACAUGUGCCAGGACUGCUGUCUGUGCUGUGAUAUACCCUGUCAACAACAGCAAGGAAUAAAGUACAAUUUGUUUCCUA